AUGACCCUUUUACCCGCCUCCCCUCCACCUACAAAAGGAACCAAAGAGUGUAGCCUUUCUACGCUACGCCGAGCGCCCACUUCUUUCACCCUUCCUUCCGAUCUCUCGCGAAAGAGAGGACAUGUGCACCGGCCUCAUGAAAUCCUCCCCGCCGACCAAACCCGGGGCCGUGGGCGGCGGAGAUGUCAAGCAGCCGGCGGCGUCGGAGGCGGCCGCGCUGCUUCUCGAGCUCGCCGCCUCGGACGACCUUGCAGCCUUCAAGCGGGCGGUGGAGGAGGACGGCCACUCCGUCGACGCCGCCGCCCUAUGGUACGGUCGGUCCUCCGGUCGAGGGAUGGGCUACCAGCAGCGGACGCCCCUCAUGAUUGCGGCUCUCUAUGGCAGCACAGCCGUCAUCGGCUAUAUCCUCGCAGGCCACACAGCCGAGGCCGCCCGCCGCGCCGCUUCCGACGGCGCCACCGCCCUUCACUGCGCCGCAGCCGGCGGCUCCGCCGCCUCUCUCGAGACCGUCAAUCUCUUGAUCGGUGCCUCCGCCGAGGUCGUCGACGCCCUCGACGCUAGCGGCAACCGCCCCGGGGACGUCAUCGCCCGGCAGUCCUCGAGCACGGUCGCCAAAUCUCUCGAAGUAAUCCUAAAGGCUCCGGUCUGCCCUAGGGUUUCGUCCCCUGCUAAAGAAGAGCCAGCCAAACAGGGCGAGAAGAAGGAAUACCCGCCGGAUUUGACGCUUCCGGACAUCAAGACCGGGAUCUAUGGCACCGACGAGUUCCGGAUGUAUACUUUCAAGGUUAAGCCGUGCUCCCGCGCUUACUCCCACGAUUGGACGGAGUGCCCCUUCGUCCAUCCCGGGGAGAACGCCCGGCGCCGAGACCCGAGGAAGUACUCCUACAGCUGCGUGCCGUGCCCGGAGUUCCGCAAGGGUUCUUGCCGGAACGGCGAUGCUUGCGAAUAUGCCCAUGGCGUGUUCGAGAGUUGGCUCCAUCCGGCGCAGUACAGGACACGGCUGUGCAAGGAUGAGACCGGAUGCAACCGCCGCGUCUGCUUCUUUGCCCACAAGCCGGAGGAGCUGCGGACAGUGAAUCCCUCGGUGGCAUCAGUUAACGGGAUGGCGUCGUCGUCGCCUAGAUCAUCGUCGCCGGGUCUUUCCUCUUUGGACAUGGCAACGGCCUUGAUGCUGAUGCAGCAGCCCGGCUCGCCGAUGUCCCCCUCUGCGGCUUCAUCGGGUUUAGUGGCCACGGCGGCGUGGAUGAAUCAGACUGGGGGCGUGAUGACACCUCCUCCGGCCUUGCAGCUGCCGAGCAGCAGACUGAAGGCUUCGCUGAGCGCGAGGGACUUGGAUUUCGACCUCGACUUGCUUGGACUGGAAGGGUAUCAGCAGAAGCUGAUCGACGAGAUCACGAAGCCGGCCUCUCCCCGAGCCAACUGGGGCACGAACAGCUUGGCUGCCUCACGGAUUUCAGAAUACAGCGACUUGCUGGGUUCUGUUGAUCCAUCACUGCUGACCCAACUGCAGGGUCUCUCCACGAGGCAGACUGGAGCUCAUUUCCAAGCCCCCUCCGCCCUCCAGAAGCACCAAUCUCAGUUGCUCUCUGGAUAUGGAGGAAACCUCUCUUCUUCCCCUGCGACAUCCUCGUUCGGGCUCGACCACUCGAUGGCGAAGGCCAUCAUGAAUUCCAGGGCUUCCGCUUUCGCCAAGCGGAGCCAGAGCUUCUGCGACCGCGGGGCAACCGCCGGUCGCCAAUCCACGCUCUCAGCGAUGACAACCGCAGCGGUCGCCGCGCCGUCCCUUCUGUCCGACUGGGGCUCUCCGGAUGGUAAGUUGGACUGGGGCGUUCAAGGCGAGGAGCUGAACAAGCUGAGGAAAUCCGCAUCCUUCGCCUUCCGCGGAGCAGCUCCAGCCACCGCGCCCACGGGGAUGAACGAGCCCGACCUGUCCUGGGUGCACUCUCUGGUGAAGGACGGACCUGCGGCGCCCCCGGUAGGCCGGCUUGGCGCCGGCGAGCAGCAGAGCGGAUACCAGCUCAGCAGCGGGGGCGACUUGUUCUCUCCAUGGUCGGAGGAGAAGAUAAUGGCGUAGAGGACGGAGAUAACGUUGAUUUUUCGAUCUGACCAGUUCUUUUCUUCGUUACGUCGUUGAAUCGAUUAUAAUCUUUAGCAGGAUGUCCGAAGGACGCCCGAAGGGCGUCUGAGCUCGUCAAUGGCAGCCUGCAAGUUCUUUCAUUUAUAAGCAGUAACAUAUAUAUAUAUAUAUAAAUAUAUAAGAAGAGAAUAAAUCCAUUGUGUCAUAUUAUGCUAAUAGAUCUCUGUACCAAGUUGAUGUUAUGCCUGCUUGUAAUCCGAUCAUAUUCUUCUAAUCUCCUUAUUUUAAGCACUCAA